AAACUAUGCGUGUUGUAAAAGGAGAAACUUCUUCCCGACAAUCCUAUCAACGUUCUGCAAAAGGAAAUGUUUCAAUAUUGGAAGCUUCCCCUGAAGGCAAAUACAUUGUAAUCGAGAAUACCCAUCGUUCAAAAGAAGAGAAUAUUGGCGAGUGGAAAUUGAAACGACGCAUUGAUGGAAAACGUGAUAUUGUGUACACCCUUCCUCAUAACUUUGUCCUUCGACCAAUGGCACGUUUAAAAAUUUGGGCACGUAAUCAAGGUGGCCUUCAUGCACCUCCCGAUCAGCUCGUAUAUGAUGGAGAAGAGUCCUUUGGUGUUGGAUCAAAUGUGCACACAAUUCUCUACAAUAAAGAAGGAGAAGAACGUGCUGCUUGUAUUCAACGUUCAAGCCAAACGGCAGCUUAA